AUUGGUUAUAGAGCCAUACACAAAUAAACAAUGACUCUUACGAAAUACCAAAGAGGCGAUGCUAUUGAAGGCUGGAACGACAUGCCAACCAAUAUGAUGAUGUCGCUGUCCAAUAACUCCACUACAAGUGUUAGUUCCAGUGUCAGUUCAAGAUCAAGAAAACGCGUGCUGAGAGUCGGCAUGAACUUUGAUGGCAGUGGUAUAAUACCAGGUGUUAACAGCAGUGGAUCAGGUGUUGCUUCUCCUGCUCCUCCAAUCAGUACUCCUCCUGUGAGUGCUCCAAUACGAGGUCCUCCUCCUCCAGCUGCUGCUGCUGCUGCUGCUGCUGCUGCUGCUCCUCCGAUAUCCACAACCCCAACUCCUGCAUCGGCUCCGCCCAGGAAAAUAUCAACUUCCAUUGCACAGCAAGAACCAACUGCAUCUGAAUCGGCGAAAACAUCUAGCAUAACUUCCGAUCAAGUAAUUUCGCUUCUUGAUCAAACCUUGGAACUUCCGUUGUCGCUUCCAGAACGAGAAUUGGCCCACUACAAGACAAAACUUAACCAACUGAUUCCUUCAUUAGCAUCCAACCAUUUGUCAUUUUUACAGGAUAUUCUUAGCCGAUUAUUGUCGGCAUACAAGGAAGACCACGCACAAGCUAAAGCAAAAAUCAAGGCCGAUGUUGUCGAGUAUAUGAUGAAUCAAGAAGGGGUCAGUCUUUGGUGUUCACCAUUAAAGAAAAUUGUUACAAGUAUUUAAUAGAAUGUGUAUAUUUAAAUAUAUUAGUGCUAUAUCUACAUCUUCUUUCUU